AUGCAUCAUUUAUGGAAUUAUAGUUCAACUAAUAAUUCCGAUUUACAAGAACAACAAAUCGUUGAUUAUAUUGAUAAAAAAAUCAUUCCCCAAGCGGAAACGAUUGAUUUAGCCGGUAAAGCCUUAGAAUAUUUAGUAGAAAAAGGAACGGAUUGGGCGGUUGAUGGAGCGGCAUUUACUCUCCUUAAACUCCAAGAUUUUUUAUACGAUAAAUAUUUACUAGCUAAUGAGCGACAAAAAGAAAUCUUUAAGAACAAGAUUUUGGAAAAGUUUCCAAAUAGUGGCUUAGCUAACAAAUUAAGAAAUGAGUUUGAAAGGAAAGAAAAAAAGUUGAUCCGAAGAGAGGCUAAACUUACUAAACUCCAAAUCGAGGAAGCGGCUAUUGAAGAAGAAAUCAAACAUUUUGCGAGAAUAAGGAAUAUUGAAAAUGGAGUUUCGGAAACUCCCAAAGAGCAAUCAACCGACUUUUUAACUACUUUAACGCAACAGGGAAAAAGUUUUUUAAAAGAUAAAGUUGGUUCAGUUGGUGAAUUAUUAGGAAAAAAAGAGAAAAAAUAA